AUGAGGUUCCGCAGAGGACCUCUCCUCAUUGGCUCCUCUAAUUACUUGGAGGAGGAAGUUGUUGUUAAAGCACUGCAGGACCCUUCAGGAUUGCUUAUGUCCUUUUGUGUUAUCCCUCCAGCAGAUAUCAGGGUGGUGGAAGUCCCCCAUGAACAUCAGGGCCUGCGAAUGCGAGGCGGCUCCUGUUUGUUGGUAAAGAAGCUUCAUCUGCUUGUUCUUUCUGUUCAGGUGAUUGAUAGCUGGCACCCACUAUACCAAGUGGAAGAUGAGUCCUCUCAUUUGGAUGAAAUGCCACUAAUGAUGUCAGAAGAAGGCUUUGAAAAUGAUGAGAGUGAUUACCAUACUCUUCCAAGAGCCAGAAUUUCUCAAAGAAGAAGAGGCUUAGAAUGGUUUAUCUGUGGUGGCUGGAAGUUCCUUUGCACUAGUUGUUCUGAUUGGCUUAUAAACAUUUGCCGAAGAAAGAAAGAGCUGAAGGCUCGCACAGUGUGGCUUGGGUGUCCUGAAAAGUGUGAAGAAAAAUAUCCCAAAAAUGCCAUAAAAAAUCAAAAGUACAACGUCUUUACCUUUAUACCUGGGGUUUUAUAUGAACAGUUCAAGUUUUUCUUGAAUCUCUAUUUUCUCGUCGUGUCCUGCUCACAGUUUGUACCAGCAUUGAAAAUAGGCUACCUGUACACGUACUGGGCUCCUCUG